AUCAUCACGUGUUCAGGCCAGGAUGGUCUUCAAUUCCUCCUCUCCUGUUCCGAGUGAGAGUUUGGUCCUCAGUGCAAUCCAAAUACUUCUGAGUGAUCGACUGACAAACCUUACUGACUCUGUAAAUCUGCUGAACUUUACCUUUGAGGCAAUUUCAGACACCUCGUAUGUAGUCGCCUUCACAUUCAACAUCAGUAACACCAGCAUGCCUGAGAAUCCUAAGCUUAGAAAUGAAACUUAUGAGCAAGUGAAGAGCAUCAUAAACAAAGCUCUUAACACACUUCUAAAUGACCCGGGUGCAGAGCUAUUUCAACCCCAGAGCUUUAUUUUCAUGAGUUCAAAAAAUCAGGUUUAUGGUAACAUGGACUACUACUUUCAAGAUGGAGAUACAAAAAGACCAAAAGCCUUCCUGAAGGAGCUUGCACCUGUGUCUGGAUCAUCACUUGUUCAGGCCAGGAUGGUCUUCAAUUUCUCCUCUCCUGUUCCUAGUGAGAGCUUGGUCCUCAGUGCAAUCCAAAUACUUCUGAGUGAUCGACUGACAAACCUUACUGACUCUGUAAACCUGCUGAACUUUACCUUUGAGGCAAUUUCAGACACCUCGUAUGCAGUCACCUUCACAUUUAACAUCAGUAACACCAGCAUGCCUGAGAACCCUAGGCUUAGAAAUGAAACUUAUGAGCAAGUGAAGAGCAUCAUAAACAAUGCUCUUAACACACUUCUAAAUGACCCGGGUGCAAAGCUAUUUCUACCCCAGAGCUUUUUUUUCACGAGUUUAAAAAAUCAGGUUUAUGGUAACAUGGACUACUACUUUCAAGAUGGAGAUACAAAAACACCAGCAGCCUUCCUGAAGGAGCUUGCACCUGUGUCUGGGUCAUCACUUGUUCAGGCCAGGAUGGUCUUCAAUUCCUCCUCUCCUGUUCCGAGUGAGAGUUUGGUCCUCAGUGCAAUCCAAAUACUUCUAAAUGAUCGACUCAUAAACCUUACUGAUUCUAUAAAGUUGCUGAAUUUUACCUAUCAGGCAAUUUCAGACACCUCAUAUGCAGUCACCUUCACAUUUAACAUCAGUAACACCAGCAUGCCUGAGAAUCCUAAGCUUAGAAAUGAAACUUAUGAGCAAGUGAAGAGCAUCAUAAACAAAGCUCUUAACACACUUCUAAAUGACCCGGGUGCAGAGCUAUUUCAACCCCAGAGCUUUAUUUUCAUGAGUUCAAAAAAUCAGGUUUAUGGUAACAUGGACUACUACUUUCAAGAUGGAGAUACCAAAAGACCAGAAGCCUUCCUGAAGGAGCUUGCACCUGUGUCUGGGUCAUCACUUGUUCAGGCCAGGAUGGUCUUCAAUUCCUCCUCUCCUGUUCCUAGUGAGAGUUUGGUCCGCAGUGCAAUCCAAAUACUUCUGAGUGAUCGACUGACAAACCUUACUGACUCUGUAAACCUGCUGAACUUUACCUAUCAGGCAAUUUCAGACACCUCGUAUGCAGUCACCUUCACAUUCAACAUCAGUAACACCAGCAUGCCUGAGAAUCCUAAGCUUAGAAAUGAAACUUAUAAGCAAGUGGAGAGCAUCAUAAACAAUGCUCUUAACACACUUCUAAAUGACCCGGGUGCAGAGCUAUUUCAACCCCAGAGCUUUUUUUUCAUGAGUGUAAAAAAUCAGAUUUAUGGUAACAUGGACUACUACUUUCAAGAUGGAGAUACAAAAACACCAGCAGCCUUCCUGAAGGAGCUUGCACCUGUAUCUGGUUCAUCACUUGUACAGGCCAAGAUGGUCUUUAGCUCCUCCUCUCCUGUUCCUAGUGAGAGUUUUGUCCUCAGUGCAAUCCAAAUACUUCUAAGUGAUCGACUGACAAACCUUACUGACUCUGUUAAAAUUCUGAACGUUAUUUAUGAAAAAAUUUCAAACACCUCAUAUGCAGUCACCUUCACAUUUAACAUCAGUAACAUCAGCAUGCCAAAGAAUCCUGACCUCAGAAACAAAACUUUCAACCAAGUAGAGAUCAUCAUAAACAAUGCUCUAAACGCAUUGCUUAAUAAGCCUGGUGCAGAACAAUUUAAACCCAAUAGCUUUAAUUUCAUGAGUUCUGAGAACCAGAUUAUUGGGCACAUGGAGUACUACUUCCAAGACGUAGGCACCACAACACCAGAGGCCUUCCUGAAUGAGAUUGCACCAAUAUUGGGGAAUGUCAAGAUAAAGAUUCGUCUAGUUUUUAAGAACCUGUCCAGAAUUCCAAGUAAAACUGAUGUUCUCAAUGCUGCUAACACUCUGUUGGAUGCAAAAAUCAGAAGAACACGUGAUCUUACAACGCAAAAACUAAAUGAACCUGUGAGCAUAAGCGAUGUUCUCUAUGAGAACAUUGACAACAGUUCAUACAGUAUUAGCUUUGAAUUCCUAAUCAGCAAUGUGACCAUCUCCAAGGAUCUUCAGCUGAGGAAUGAAACCUAUGAUUUAAUCCAAAGCACCAUCAACACCCUGCUGAACACAAUUCUGAAUGCAAAAGGUGCUUCUCCUUUUGUCUUCCCACGUGCCAAUUACACAUUUAAUGGUACUACAAUUAUAGCUGAUUCAGAAUACAUCUUUGUGGAAGGUGUCUCCCAGUGGUUACCAAGUGGAUUUCUUUAUGAAAUACUUAAAAUCAGCGGUCUGGCGACUGCCACACAAACAGCAGCUCCUGUCGAUGCAGUCCCGCCUCCCACAGUCCAAGGAAACACCACCACCCCUGGGGGGAGUUCUGCAUGGAUCCUGGGCAUCAUUAUCCCCUGUGCUAUAAUAAUUAUUCUCAUACCAUGCUGGAUUCUACUCUGCUGUCUGCUGUGUGGCUGUUGUGCAGGUUUAAGGAGGCGCUACAACAGAAGACGGUCCUAUAAUGUCCAGUACACAACACAUAAUUCUUUGUUUUAAACCAAUUAAGUAUAAAAGAAAAAAACAAAAUAUAUCAUAUAACCACAAUUCCACUGUACUAUAUAGUUUAUUGCUAUGUUUAUUUAUUUAUUUAUUUAUUUUUAGUCUAGUUUAUUUAAUCUUUAUUCCAUCAGAGUAGUGCCAUGGAGGCUCUAGACUACAGUACCCAUCAGCCUCUACAAGUCACAUGUCCUUGAUCAUGUGCACAUGUUUUGCAGUUUUUCCUGAUGUUUUCAUGUUUUAGCACUUUCCUUGUAUUCACAACCAAUAGUUUUGGUUCAUGUUCAAAUCUUGUGUUCACUUUGCACUGUCAUA